UGUCGUCUUAAAAUGUCCAUUUAAAUAUAAUUUUAGGGUAUUUAUACUUGACCGGGGUAAUUAAGAGUAGCGAAUGGGAGCUGAGGGCAGGGGGAGGUAGUACAACUCUUGUAUAUGGUUAAUGCAUAAUCUAAACAGCUCAUUAAACAAAGAGUUGUACUUCUAUCUACACGAGAAGAAUGAACCUUACUUUUCAUAACCAAUAAUUAAUUUGAAAUCAAUAUUAUACGACUCAUUGUUGUGGUACUAAUGGAUAGAGGUCGGAUUGGUAAUUUUUUUUGCAAAUCUUACAUAGUGUUGGUUUAAAAUUCAGUCUCUCUUGUAAAAAAACAAAAUAGAUUAAUAAGUCUCUACAACAAUUUUAUUACUCCGUAUAACCAUUAAACUGCACGAAAAAAAAAAAAAAACAAAUUUGACACCAAACGCAACAUAUAAAAUGUUCAUCGGAUUAAAGUUGCCACUUUCAUCUCCAGUUACUUCCACUCCACUUUGCACCUUCAACUCCCCUCUUUCUCCUCAAAAUUUUCAGAGAAUUUGGAGUUCAGUUUCAUCAAAUUUGGCGAUUCACGAGGAUUUUAUUCACAAAUCGGAGUGGGACGCUAGUUCCAGGAAUGAAAAUGGGCGGCGGAGCGCGUCGAUUUCUGUUUUUUCUCCCUGUUAUGAUCUUCCUGCCUUAUCUGUUGCCUGUUUUAGAGCUGCACAAGUUCUCAACUUCUGUUGAUGCACCUAAAAAACGCGGUACAAAGGCCGACCAUCUUGUCCUUGGUCCAGCUGCUGGUCAGGGUUUGCGAAAUCGUUUGCAUUGCCAAGGCACGAAGGCCUUGAACAAAACUCACCAUACUGUACCCCAGAGCUCAAACUCUGGAGAGAAUGUUGCAUUUGUUACAGUAUUCACCAUUUAUAAUUCUUCUGAAAAGAAUGCUGAGACGAGAUCCUCUGAUUUAGUGACAAUUGGAAAUACUUCAUACACAAAGUUGGAGAGAUCAAUGGCCAUCUUGGAUUCAUUUAUUAACUUCAUUCAGGUCACAAUGCCUUUGAGCAAUGUAAUCAUUCUUACUGAUCCAGAGUCGGACCUUCACAUGGACAAACAAAGAGUUACAACUUAUCCCAUUCAAGGUGAAUAUUCACGAGACAGGUUGAUGCUUCAAAGAAUUAGGUCUUACAUUGCCUUCCUUACUACAAGACUCAAGGAGCUAAACAACCAUGUUCAAGGACAAAUGAGCCAUUACAUUUUCACUGAUUCAGAUAUUGCAGUGGUUGAUGAUCUUGGGCAAUUAUUUGAUACAUACCCAAGCUUUCAUUUAGCCCUAACUUUCAGGAAUAACAAAGAUCAGCCUUUGAACUCUGGCUUUGUUGCUGUCCGGGGAACUGCAGAGGGCCUCCAAAGGGCUAAGGAGUUCCUGGAGGAAGUUCUUAAAGCUUACACUACAAGGUACAUGAGAGCUUCAAGAAUGCUGGGUGAUCAGUUGGCUUUAGCUUGGGUUGUGAAAUCUCACCCGUCAUUUGAUUCAAAGAGAUUUUCUAAACCUGUACCUUUCUCGGAAGAACUAAAUGGUGCCUCCAUCCUGUUUCUACCUUGUGCUCUGUACAAUUGGACUCCACCGGAGGGUGCAGGACAAUUUCAUGGCAUGCCUCUUGAUGUAAAGGUUGUUCACUUCAAAGGAUCAAGGAAACGAUUAAUGCUAGAAGCUUGGAACUUCUUCCAUUCUUCUUUGAACAUAGAUGACAUGUUAUGCCUUGUCCUAGGCAGUGGAAGAACAAAAUAUGACUUUUGAGCUACUUGUGGGAUUUGCUUUAGAUUGGAAUCUUUGAUAGGCGAAAUGGAUGGCCAUACUGUGAUGUGAACAUCAGGAUUGAUGAGGAAAUAUAUUCAUGAUGUGAUGAUGUCUCAUCACAAUUAAGGGAAGCCUCUUCUUUCGGGUUCACACACGGAUGAUAGAUUAAGAGAUUGAUUAAGAGACUUGGGGAAUAUAUUGUGCGGAAUAUUUAUAUUUUGCAGGAGAAAUAGUCUUUUUAACCAGUUAACCUUAUUGCUGUAUCAUACUUGACAGAAAUAUAGAUGUUAUUGUCCUUGUUGACAGUAUUAGUCUUCUGUGAAUUGAUAAUUUCCCCUUGUGUAUACUUUUGUAAAAAAAUUUGUCUUGUAAGUUAUACGGAGUAAUGUGCAACUAUCUUA